AUGAACCUGAUGUAUGUCGUGAUCGACAGUAAUAUCCGCAGCGCGGACGGCUACCGCAUCGUCAAAGAUCUCAGCCAACUCCUCCAGCACGAUGCCUUUCGUUUCGGGUACGAAGAAGUAAAUCCACACCCGGUCACAGGCGGUGAUGGAGAUGAAAAGCUGAGGAGUCUUGGGUUAGAGAUCAACAAUACCAGAGUAGCAAGCAAGUGGCUGCAAGCUUACCAGGAAAAAUCUCCAGUGGAUGUGGGUAAAGGCCGUCGGAACAACCUGAAGAUAGACCAAGCGACGAUGCUGCCCUUCACGGAGAUGGCUGGGAAAGAUCUCGCUGACAAUGACGAAGACACAAACGUCACCGCAUGUUGCGUGGCAGGCCUGAAACAAGAACAACAUAGCAGCACCAUUAGCUCGGCCCACCCUAUUCGUGCCUGCUGUGCCGUAGAACGCGAUCAUGGCAGUCUCGACAGUGGCACACGUCAUGCACCCAGUCAGACCAAUGAACAACAGAGUCCGUCAGCCAAGGUGAUCUGCGAGGCUGGAUCCAAUAUCAUUGAAAAUGGAGAGAGUAAUGUAUCCAGCUUGGAAACACAGUUAGGUGCAGACAUCGUAACCGAGAUUGUUCCAUAG